AUGAGACGCUAUCUGAAGAACAUACUCAAGACAGUAGUUUACAAUCAGUUGCGAAAGUACCUGGCCUCGUUCGGUGUGUUCGAGUCAGAGCAAGAGACCCAGCACCGUUGUGAGGUGCUCGGCACCCUGCACCAGCUCGUGAGGCAGUGGGUGAGGGAGGAGUCUCUCAGGGAGAACAUGCCUGCUGAUGUAGCGAGCUCUGACGGAGGAAAGGUGUUUACUUUCGGCUCGUACAGGCUGGGGGUGAAUUCGUUUGACCUCGAUGACGACAUGUUAUUGAAGAAUUUGGACCAGAAGUGUGUGCGCUCGCUAAACGGUUGCAGAGUGACGGACGAGAUUCUUCGACUCGCUCCUAACGUAGAGAACUUCAGGCUCACGCUGCGCGCCAACAAGCUGUGGGCUAAACGUCGAGGAAUUUUUUCCAAUGCGCUGAGCUACCCGGGUGGCGUGUCGUGGGCCAUGUUGGUCGCUCGUACAUGUCAGUUGUACCCCAUCGCACUGCCUGCGACCUUAGUGAACAAGUUCUUCUUAAUCUUCUACCAGUGGAGGUGGCCACUACCAGUUCUGCUAAAGCGAGUCGAUCCCGACAGACUUGGUUUCCCCGUUUGGGAUCCUCGAGUGAACUUAGCGGAUCGGUACCACUUGAUGCCCGUAAUCACUCUUGCUUACCCACAGCAGAACUCCACGUUCAACGUGAGCGCUUCCACCAGGUCCGUCAUGGUAGAGGAGCUUAAGAUUGGUCUGGCCACGACGGAGGAGAUAAUGAAGGGCAAUUGUGGUUGGGAAUGUUUGUUCGACACGCCGAACUUCUUUCCCAAGUACAAGUACUUCAUAGUACUGCUGGCUUCCUCCUCCAGCCCGAACGACCAGCUGCAGUGGAGUGGGCUCGUCGAAAGCAAGAUCCGACACCUAAUCGGUCAGUGA